AUGCUUGUACGGAUUGCUCACGGUGACUCUGAACUCAGCCUAGACAUCGACCCUGGAUGGAACGUCCUAUUUGUGAAGCAACGUGCGUGUCAAAUGUUGCAACUAAGGUUCGAUGAGUACGACCUGUUGUUCAACCAUCGCCGCUUAGAAGAAGAUGAUAGAUUCAUGCAAUACCAGGUGAAUGAUGGCAACGAGGUUGACCUGGAACUUGUCAGGCGUGAAAUAAAAAACCGGUUCUUCAUCUAUUGUUAUUCAUGUGAUUCUGUUACUCCGGCUUUGUUAUCUUUCAUCUGUGAAACUUGUGGAAAGCCACAGUUUAGGGCCACGUCCAUUUCAGAAAAUCGAUCCAACGCCACAGGAGAAUGCUGCGAUAAUAUGUGUCCCUCAACUCGGGGACGUGUGAAGUUUCUAUGUUUGAAAAUGCCUUCCCACGAACCCGUGGUAUUGCUCGACCAAAUCAGACGCAACCUGGAAUUAGUACCUUGCGUUGCCUGUUUCAAUGAGGACCGAGAUAUCUUGGUGCGUUUUUGUGAAGUGCAGAAUCACGCUUUGUGCAUUGAUUGUUUUAAAGCGUAUGCACAGGAGUACUUGGAGAGUGGACUGUUUCAGUUAGUCACAGAGUUUGGUUUUACUCUGGGGUGUCCCGCGGGUUGUCGAAAUGCAUUCAUAACUGAUCCACAUCAUUUUCGCAUUUUGGGACCUGAGUUCUAUUCACGGUACAAAGAUUUCUCGGCAUCCAGGUACAUUUGUGCCAACGAUUCCGUAGUGUGUCCUCAUUGUGGACAGAUCUGGGAGACGUCAGUCGACCCCCCAGUUGUUGGGCGAACGUGUGCCAGCCAAGAAUCAAGGCCCAGAUUAUACACCUGUCGCACACCCGCUGGUUGUGGCAGUCUCUUUUGUGCAUUGUGUAACUGGUUUUAUACAGGAGCUCCUAAUGAAUCUCCUACCUGUCACUGCGAAACCACUCACUCAACGCGUCUGCCACUACGCCUUCCUGAAGUGCUGCGAUUUGUGCCCGCGUGGCAUGCAUUACCUGGCUCAUCGACUGGAGCGGCUGCACGUAACAUACUAGUGGAAACCUGUCGACCUUGUCCAAAAUGUAAAUCUCCAACAGAAAAAUCUGGCGGUUGUAAUCAUAUGCACUGUUCAGUUUGCUCUACUGACUGGUGCUGGAUAUGUUGUGAAGCAUGGACCUCUGAUUCUUUUGUCCAUCCCGGAACCGGAGCAAUGUCUGCCGGAGCCGUGCGUGCGCCGCUGAUAAUACCUCUCCGCCCACCAGUUCCGGGUGUUCCGAAGUCACACAUUGAUACAAACACUCGUUUGGAAAUUAUGUCGGAAACUCCAAAUGUGGAUAUUUAUUUCACAAUCAAUGGCAACAAACCAACGAUACAGAAGACUGAUAGAGAGUUGCUGAAGACUGGAACUUACAAAUUCCGCACUCCAUUUACUCUUCCGGCUGGAACACAGAUUGUCCGGGCGAUUGCGUUCUUGCCAGACACCGGAAGUGAAAGCAACAUUGUCACAAAGAGGUUCGAUGUGGUUAAGGCAAGCGUUGUCGAAGGCGACGGAAAUACGCCCCUGCCUGACGACUAUGGUUUCCUCGAAGACCUGAAAGCUAUCGAAUCGCACCGCAAAAGCCACUCAUCAGAUGGAUUGAAGCGUGCUCCUUCACGCGACCGUGUUCGAAAACCUCCCGUUCAUGAUGUCGAAUCUUCCAAGACACGAUCUGGAAAAUCUACGGAACCUAAAGGGUCGGCAGAUUCCAAAGGGCUAGGGACAUCAAAAAGAUUGCGAUCCAGUGACGGUCUGAUACGACCAUUCGAUGUUGCUCUUCCGAGACGCCCACCCGUGGCUAGCCUUCCCGAUCCAUCCAUUCAGUUCGCCCGGCUACAGCGAAUUACAGAUGUACUUCGUUGUCCCCACUGUUUCACUGCACGCCUAGCAACACAAGCCCAGAACUUUUGUGUGCAUUGUGGACACCCCCUACCACCCCUACCAACUCCGGUCACUUCGGAUUCCGGCAGCACUCGAUUGGGUCACUGUUCCGCCUGUGGAUCCAACAUUCCAUUGAAUUUUCCAUCAUGUCCCGUUUGUGAAAACCGUUUGCACCCAACACCAGAAAGUGAAGGAGCAGAAGAAUACCGACUUUGUACCGUAUGUGGAACACUGAAUCCAUGCAAUGUCACCAGCUGCCUCACUUGUGAAGCUCGUGUGGAUUCAGGCAGACAGAAUCUCGUGUACUCCUCGCGUCAAACUCAUCCAUCUCGUUCACCUACUCUUAUCACUUCUGUGCUCUCCGAUGGCUUGAACUCUAUGCGUCCCGAAAAUGGCGCCAACUUUCUGCGUUGCCCCCAUUGUCAACGUAAAAACAAUCCUGAUGCACGUUUCUGUGAUCGCUGUGGAUUGGAAACAGUUGGGCUGUUGCAGACUUCACACCCACGGCACGUGGAAAAAGGAUUUUCUCCCCAUUGGUCUGGCACUUCCGGUUUUCCCAAAGAAAAAUACCUAUCGGGUGUUGCCUCUAUCAAACACGGAUAUCCUCCAAUCGGUGAUGGUGUACAAUCACAUGACAGUGUGGUACCUAUCUCUGCCGGUCAGUGUGUCACAUGUGGAAACAAGCUGACACUGGAUGCAUCGUUUUGUUCGCGUUGUGGAUCCUACUUAGAACUUCCCACAAGGGGUCCGAUGUGGAGAUCACGCACUGAGCCUUUUCUGUCGAACGAUUCUAACCAACCGGUGUCGAACAAACCUAGGCGCACUGUUGUGUCAAACGUAGGCACACAAACCGUUGGAUUGUUCUUUCCAAGCUCAGCAGAUCUUCGGCGCAAGGAAAUGUUGGUACAACCGCAGCCUGCUGCUACCCAACCUCGUGAACACACGCCACUUUUAAAAGCUAUCAGUCCAGGACGAGGCUUUUGGCGGAAGCAGCUGGACCACAUUAUUGCGCACUUGAAGGUGUACACCAACAAUAAUCCAGAAUUUCGUGUGGCGAUUGGAGAGCCUCGAAUGGGAAAGUUGCUAUCGGCCGAUCUGACUGAAGCUGGAGGCUGUGCUACGGUUACCCUCAUCUACUCCCUACCCCAGUCAAGUUCCAAUGGACCUGCUGCUUGGAAUCAACGCCUAAACAGUGCGACUAGUAAUUUUUCGAAUGGUACUGGACACGGACUUCACAACCAAAAACUCCGUCGACAUUCACUGAGGGGUGCACAGGAAAGUUGGACAAAUUCCGAUGGAUUUUCCGUCCGAUCUGAGGAAGGCAAUGAAAGUGAAACAAAUAUUUUAACACUGAAGGAUACCCGCAACAUUUCUCAACAGCGCUUUUUUGGAAAGCAUGCUCGACAGGGUGACGAAGAUGAUUCUGUCAGCAGUCCGAAACCCGCUCCUCGGCAGGAUGUUUCCAGCCCAUCACUAGAUAGAACGGUUUCUAGCGAUCUGGAGGUUGAAAAUUUUGAACCGUUCGUAACUGGUAAAGCAUCAGAUACUCGCUCUCAAAAGAAGGGAACAAAAGUGGCAAGCAAUGCAGCCGCAGAAGUAGGUUUCGAAGUCAAUCGGUCUAAUGGAAACCGGAGAGUGAAGUCAGCCAAAAAAUCUACAUCGAAGCGAUCAAAAAAGUCAACAGAAGCGACACCUCACCAUGGCGAAGCGGGGAUGGCUUUUCUGAGGCAAUCGAAAUUAACCACCAUGGAUCGUAAUCUCAUUGAGAACCUCUCCAAAUCUGCUGACGAGGCCGGGACGGAAAAUAUUCGUCGGCUGUUGGAAGAAGGUGCGAAUCCCAAUUGCACGGAUCUAGACGGAAGAACACCCCUCAUGUUGGCGGUCCACAACAGAAGAGUUGAAGCGAUUCCCAUCCUGAUUGGGGCGGGUGCCAAACCGAAUUCGGCCGGACUUUCAAACGGGAAUACGCCCCUGCAUGAGGCUGUACUUGCCGGUUUCGAUGGUGUUCAACUUGUGGAUGCCUUACUACGUUGCGGUGCCAGCCCCAAGGUGAAAAACAAACGUCAAGAAACUCCACAUUCCUUGGCCUUGCGCAUGAACUGUGAACCUAUCUCACGUCUGUUUCUGGUCCAAAUGGGACAGACAGAGUUACAAAAACUAACUGAGGAAACCACUCGCUUAAAUGUGAAAGAUGUUGAGGUGGACAAUCUCUGAAGUCGCGUUUUGUCGUCGUAAAACAUGUGUUUUCCGACCAAUUAAGCCCCAUUUCACUUUAAUUCGUUUUUCACCCCAUCACUCAAUCAUCCCAGCACAUUGAACUGUUAAACAUGCCAUCUAGAUUUCGAUCACACCCCUAUUUUGUCUUUUCACGUUUCCUCACAUCUGACCUACCUCUCUUCAAAAUACAUCCUUG